AUGAACGACGCAGACCUGAGUGACGCAGCGGCGGGCACAGCCCAGGACUCGGACCCAGGCCGGCUGGCCGUCGCCUCGGCCUACCAGCGCUUCGAACCCCGCGCCUACCUCCGCAACAACUACGCACCCCCUCGAGGGGACCUGAGCAGCCCCGAUGGCGUUGGGCCUUGGAAGCUGCGCUGCCUAGCGCAGACUUUCGCUACGGGUGAGGUGUCUGGACGCAGCCUCAUUGACAUUGGCUCAGGCCCCACCAUAUACCAGCUGCUCAGUGCCUGUGCCCACUUUGAGGACAUCACCAUGACGGAUUUCCUGGAGGUGAACCGCCAGGAGCUGGGGCUCUGGCUGCGGGAGGAGCCAGGGGCCUUUAACUGGAGCGCGUAUAGCCAGCAUGUCUGCCUCAUUGAAGGCAAGGGUGAGUCCUGGAGGGAGAAGGAGCAGCAGCUUCGUGCCAGGGUCAAGCGAGUCCUGCCUAUUGAUGUGCACCAGUCCCAGCCCCUGGGUGCCGGGAGCCUGGCACCCCUGCCUGCUGAUGCCCUGGUCUCCACCUUCUGCCUGGAGGCUGUGAGCCCAGACCUUGCCAGUUUCCAGCGAGCCCUGGACCACAUCACUACGCUGCUGAGGCCUGGGGGGCACCUCCUUCUCAUUGGAGCCCUGGAAGAGUCAUGGUACCUGGCAGGGGAGGCCAGGCUGGUGGUGGUCCCCAUACAUGAGGAGGAGGUGAGAGAGGCUUUGCUGCGCAGCAGCUGUGAGGUCCGAGACCUACGCACCUAUGUCAUGCCUGCCUACCUGAGGACAGGCGUAGAUGAUGUCAAGGGCAUCUUCUUUGCCUGGGGCCAGAAGAAGGUGGGAGUCUGA